AUGUCAUUAGCCCUGCCAAACUCACCGACGUCUAAGGGCUCCCUUCAUCCCCGCUUCGACUACCUCCAGUUCCUCUCCGUCUUCCUCCCCUUCGUCGACGAAGUGGUCCCCCUCUUCCUCUUCUUAUUCUUCUUCCUCUUCUUCGGUGUCUUCUUUUUGCAUCUAUAUCAAGGAUUGGAUCUGAGGCGACCGAGUUCUUUGGUGAAAACGACGGUGAUAUUUGAUGUUCCUCAGCUGCGUCUACUUGAUUGCCCAUCGUCGGUGAAAUCCACUGACCUGACACCUGCUUGCUGUUGCCGCGGCAUGAAUGACCUCGUAAAUGCCUACAAUUCUAUUGUAUUCUUCAAGUACUUCUAA